CUCCUCUACGCAACAUGAACCGAAGAAAUGAAAAUGGCGAUAAACACAGGUCUCGAAAGAUCCUUGGGAGAGCCCAAGAAACGGGUAUUGGGUCCCCUCGACAAGCGCAAGACGCAGACGCGCUGUCAGUCCUGCGCCCAGAGAAAGAUUAAGUGUCAAGGACCCUUUCCUUGUGCCUACUGUGUGCGCAUGAAGAAGCCAUGCCGGCCACCUGUGCAGCCAGAAUCUACAUCCAGCGUCACGUUUGUCGCUGCUUCAGCACAGACUCGAGCCCCUGACUCGUCAACGCUGGUGACAACGUCACCUCUUUCAAUCCCGCAUCUUGACGAGCAGAUGAGUACCAUCUACAUGAGAUAUUUUGCCUCGUUCAUGGAAGGCUGUCACAUCACAGGAAACUCGGCUGCGACCUCGGCCUUGGACCUGCUACCACUCAUGGACGUGUCCCCGCCGUUGCGGAACAUGGCUCUGGCCAUAGGAGCGCUGCAGUCCAGCAGACGGGCUUCAGUUCGCUCAGCCCAAAGGCAAGAUGACCCACGGGUGCUGGCGUUCAGGUUCUACGCCGAGGCUAUACAAGCCUUGAAACACCGACUGGAGGAGCCACACGUGGCUGCGUCAGAUGACGUGCUCUGGAGCACAUUUCUCCUGGGGCUGUUCGAGCUCCUAUCCGAGACGUCGGGUCAGCCGUGGGCAACACAUAUGCUCUACGGGACGUCCCGGCUCUUCCAGCUAGCCGGACCCAGCGCUGUGCGAGUCACAGACCUCAGGGGCAGACUGUUCGAUGCGUUUUGCGUACUUGAAUCUAAGCGAGCCUUGCUGUUCGGGGAUGACACCUUUCUCUCUCGCGACGAGUGGCUGCUUGCUCGGCAGGACUACGAUGUUCUAGGAGCUGAGGCGAGCAGUCCCAUGUCGCGUCUUCUGCCCCUCAUGUACAAUUUGGCCUCCUUCACGCGGCGUUUAUUCGCCGAAAUUGAAGCUAUCCCAGAAGCCCUGCGCCCAUUUCACCCUGCUCUUGGGACUCUGGCUUCCGAGGGCAUUUCGCUGCUCCACGAGCUGCAUCUUCGCAUUCAGGACAUCACCAUUUCCCAGGCUUGGCAAGACGAUCCAUCCAACGGGCUCGCCAAGUCUUUUCUCCACGCCAUGUUGCUGUUUCAUUGCAGAAACUUCACUUUCUACACUUGCUUCGACAACCUGCCGAUUCCCUUUCUCUCACCCGAGGAGGUGAGGGAGCACACCUCGACGGCCCUGGCGACAUGCAGCAGAAUCGCCGCCGACGAAACGUUCUCGGGGAUUCCUGGCAUCAUGCUGCUCUUCCCUCUCCGGAUGGUGGGUGUCCAUGCGUCGGAUCGACGAACACGACUCGAAGUGUUACGGAUUCUGGCAAGGAUCUACCAACUGGGUUUCGUGGUUGCGGAUAGGAUCAGGGUAGAUUUAGAAGAGUGCUGGGCUUCUCAGGAUGACAUUCAGAGAUUAUCUUAAAGAGCCAAAUAAGAGGUGAUAUUACUAUCGACGAAUGGGGGAAAAGAAGAAAGAGAGUACACGGCCCCGGUAAUGAAGAGGCUGACAGGUCCAGCGGGCCAAGAGGAACGGGCAGCUCGUUCCCAGACUGUAUCACCAACCGACUAUUUACUUAGGCCGUGGCCUUGGUG